UGCCUCAACUCAGUUGUACUUAGAACUGAAACCGACCUAUGGUGUUGGGCCUAACUCACUCGCCUAUUAAUUCAUUUUGGGCUUCACUGACAAAAUGGCCAGCCCAAAAUCAAAUUCGACCCUAGAAAAAGUACAAGCCCAGGAAGCCCGUCCUCUUUGAUAAUAUGAAGAAAAAGAAAACAAAAAGAAAUUCAAAACCCUAGCAAGAAAAUCAGAGGGGAAAAAGAAAAGUAAAAAUAAUAAUUUUCCCUUUUAUUUUCUGCUGUUGUCUGAAAAUAUUUGACAGUAGCAGAAAAAGAGAGCGUGAUUUUCUUCGCGGGCGAUCCAUAUGUAUAUAUAUAUACACAGACAUAAUAUAUAUGUAUUUAUGAAUUAAAGAGAAGAUGGAGAGUGGUGGCAAAGCAAGGGAAGAGGAACAAGACGGAAUGUCCGUACACUCUCCUUGCAAGGCUCCCCCGUCCUCUGCUUCUUCUCUCCCAAAGGAGCAAUCACAGGUUGAAUUGGAGCUUAGACUGUUAGAAGCUCUCGAAAUUUAUCCUCCUAUUAAGCUGCAAGGCAUACACCGCCACUUUGUUCUUUUUGGUUUAAUGGAGUUUUUGCGGAAAAGUUUUAACAGACAGUUUUCUUCUGAUGAGGUUCUACAGUUGCUGGAUCGUUUCUAUAACUUGGAAGUGUUGAAACCAGAUGAUGAGGAUGUUGAAGUCUUGAAUCACGAAGAAGAUUUUAGCUUGCCUCAGAAUUUCUUCGUUAAGGAAGAAACAUAAUUCAUAAUUAACGAUCAUUUGUAAAUACGCUUUAAUAGUGUUUGUUCUUGUAAAGAUUCAGCCUCCCUAGAUGAUUUAUCGGUCAUUUUCAA